GCGCCGCCCGCCCACCUCCACUGCCCAGGCCCACACCCCUACCCCCGUCCACGCACUAGGGCCCCGGCGGCGGCAGGAUGAACGUCGCGGCGGUGCUGAACGGCCUGCUGGUGUCCGUCCUGGCGGCCCUGCUCUGGAAGCACGUCCGGCUGCGGGAGCACGCCCUGGCCCUGGAGGAGGAGCUGACCCUGAGCCGCCAGCCGCCCCCGGGCCAAGAGCCGGGCCAGACCCAGGAAGACUACCAGGCGGCCCUGCGGGCACUGCUGGAGGAGGGCACCCGCAUGGUGUGCACGGGCCGCAUGCACACGGACCGCCUGUGCCGCUUCGAGUCGCUCUGCUACUCCACCGAGGCCGAGGAGUUCGUCUUCUUCCACAGCAACGCCUCGGUCAUGUUGCCCAGCCUGGGGUCGCGCCGGUUCCAGCCGGCUCUGCUGGACCUGUCCUCAGUGGAGGACCACAACACCCAGUACUUCAACUUCGUGGAGCUGCCGGCCGCCGCCCUGCGCUUCCUGCCCAAGCCGGUCUUCGUCCCGGACGUGGCCCUGAUCAGCAACCGCUUCAACCCGGACAACCUGAUGCACGUGUUCCACGACGACCUGCUGCCGCUCUUCUACACCAUGCAGCAGUUCCCCGACUUGGACCAGGACGCCCGGCUCUUCUUCAUGGAGGGCUGGGCCGAGGGCCCGCACUUUGAGCUGUACAAGCUGCUGAGCGACAAGCAGCCGCUGCUCCGGGCACAGUUGAGGGCUCUGGGCCGGCUCCUCUGCUUCACCCGGGCCUAUGUGGGCCUCUCGAAGACCACCACCUGGUACCAGUACGGCUUUGUCCAGCCGCAGGGCCCCAAGGCCAACAUCCUGGUCUCGGGCGGCGAGAUCCGCCAGUUCGCCCGGGUGCUGGUGGAGCGGCUGAACGUGAGCGGGGCGGGCGGGGGGGACGGGGCGGCCGGCCGGGGCCCCGCCGGCGAGGAGUACAUUGUGGUCUUCAGCCGGACCCUGAACCGCCUGAUCCUGAAUGAGGCGGAGCUGCUGCUGGCCCUGGCCCGGGAGUUCCAGAUGAAGACCAUCACGGUGUCCCUGGAGGACUUCCCCUUUGCCGACGUGGUCCGGCUGGUCAGCAACGCCUCCAUGCUGGUCAGCAUGCACGGGGCCCAGCUGGUCACCUCCCUCUUCCUGCCCCGGGGGGCCGCGGUGGUGGAGCUUUUCCCCUACGCCAUCAACCCGGAGCACUACACCCCCUACCGAACCCUGGCCACCCUGCCCGGCAUGGACCUGCAGUACGUGGCCUGGCGGAACACCAUCGGCGAGAACACGGUCGCCCACCCGGACCGGCCCUGGGACCAGGGCGGGAUCGCCCACCUGGACCCAGCGGAGCAGGAGCGGAUCCUGCAGAGCCGCGAGGUCCCGCGCCACCUCUGCUGCCGCAAUCCCGAGUGGCUCUUCCGCAUCUACCAGGACACCAGGGUGGAUCUCCCUUCCCUGAUCCAGGCCAUCCGGGGGAUCGUGAAGGCCCGGCCUGGUGCCCGGAAACCCAGGGGGGCAGGCGGCCUGUACCCGGGCAAAGUCAGGGAGGCCAGGUGCCAGACGUCGGGGCGGGGGGCGGCCGAGGCGCGGCUGAGCGUGUCCUGGCAGAUCCCCUGGAACCUCAGGUACCUGAAGGUCAGGGAGGUGAAAUACGAGGUGUGGCUCCAGGAGCAGGGGGAGAACACCUACAUGCCCUACAUCCUGGCCCUGCAGAACCACACCUUCGCUGAGAACAUUAAGCCCUUCACCACGUACCUGGUGUGGAUCCGCUGCAUCUUCAACAAGACCCUCCUGGGGCCUUUCGCAGACGUGCUCGUGUGUAGCACCUAGCCCCGCUCGCCAGCUCCCCAGGAGCGCUUUGACCUGGGCCCCCUCUUUCCCUCCUUCCCCUCCCUCCCUUCCUCCUUCCCUCUUUCCUUCCGUUCCUCUCUGCCACCUCCUCGCUGGUGGUUUCCCAAACUCACUGAGAAACCAAACUCACUGACUGUAUUUAUUGACGGGGCUGAAGAUGCUAGACCUACGGCAGUGCCUAAGUGUCUGUUUAUUGCAUUUAGUGUGUGUGUUCUUAACAAUCCUCUUUUCAUUGGUGAGCCUGGCCCCUGUCUUCCCCUCCCCUUCUCCCUUAGGAGCCAAACGAGUCUCUCUGCCCCUACCCCCAACCCCACACCUCCCCUCCCAGCAUCUGUGUUUCCAGACAAGUACCUUUUUCCCCCGGAAGCCAGGGAAAUGGCGAGGGGAAAGCAGGAGAGACAGUCACAAUAUCCUUCUUUGGGCAAGUGAUCUUGAACCCUGCUGUUUACUGGGGAGGCCCUGGGCCCAAGAUCCAAGUCUGUGGAGGUGGAGGAUUUUCCUCAGCUUUUUCCCAUGAAAAAUGAAAUUUUCCUGUAGCCUAAUCAAAGGAUGUGUUGUUGGAACAUUCAUUAAAUGGUUAUAAACAUC